AAACUCAAAUAACCUGUUCGUUAUCGGUGAGCGUUAGCAUACCUGUUGAGCAACGUUGCGGUGCAACGUUUGCCAAUUUGCAUUCGCAGCUAUAAAAACAAACCACACUGAUGCAUUCUUACCAGUGACUAACUAACUAAGUGGCUAAAAACAAAAGCGAAUACAAUAAUCGAAACAUGGAAAAGAAACUUUUUUGCAGUACAAUCGUUGUACUUUUGCUUUUGCAGCUUGGGGCUGGUGAAGACAAUGAAUGUACCGCCGCUUGUCCUCAUAUACUUGACCCGGUGUGUGCGACUGAUGGACGAAAUUUUAAAUAUUUUUCCAACAGAUGUCUACUAGAAGGUCACAAUAAAUGUGAGCCAAACAAUAGAUUCAGAGAAGUUGACGAAAGUAACUGUGACGAUGAUGAUUGGCAAAAAUAAUUGACUGAAAAUCUGCCAUAAACCAUCGAUUGUUCUUGUUCCGCCGUUCAGCUGUUGGAAGAGCAUGUUGAUUCCUCAACUUUUAUUAACUACGCUUGAAUGAAAAACCAAAUAAAAUAAAUUACUCAUCCGUUA